AUGUUAGGGGCUGUGAAGAUGGAAGGGCACGAGAGCAGCGACUGGAACAGCUACUACGCCGACACACAGGAGGCCUACAACUCGGUCCCGGUCAGCAACAUGAACUCGGGCCUGGGCACCAUGAAUUCAAUGAACACGUACAUGACCAUGAACACCAUGACCACGAGCGGGAACAUGACCCCGGCUUCGUUCAACAUGUCCUACGCAAACCCGGGCCUUGGCGCCGGCCUGAGCCCCGGGGCGGUGGCUGGCAUGCCGGGCGGCUCUGCGGGCGCCAUGAACACCAUGACGGCGGGCGUGACGGCCAUGGGGACGACGCUGAGCCCGGGCGGCAUGGGGGCCAUGGGCGCGCAGCCCGCGGCCUCCAUGAACGGCCUGGGCCCCUACGCCGCUGCCAUGAACCCGUGCAUGAGCCCCAUGGCGUACGCGCCGUCCAAUUUGGGGCGCAGCCGGGCUGGUGGCGGCGGAGACGCCAAAACUUUCAAGCGCAGCUACCCACACGCCAAGCCGCCCUACUCGUACAUUUCCCUCAUCACCAUGGCUAUCCAGCAGGCGCCCAGCAAGAUGCUCACACUGAGCGAGAUCUAUCAGUGGAUCAUGGACCUCUUCCCCUAUUACCGGCAGAACCAGCAGCGCUGGCAGAACUCCAUCCGCCACUCGCUCUCCUUCAACGACUGCUUCGUCAAAGUGGCCCGCUCCCCGGACAAGCCGGGCAAGGGUUCCUACUGGACGCUGCACCCGGACUCGGGCAACAUGUUCGAGAACGGCUGUUACUUGCGCCGCCAGAAGCGCUUCAAGUGCGAGAAGCAGCCAGGCACCGGGGGCGGCAGCGGCGGCGGCGCCAAGGGCGGCCCUGAGAGCCGUAAGGACCCCUCGAGCGCUGCCAACCCCAGCGCCGACUCGCCCCUUCGUCGGGGCGUGCACAGUAAGGCCGGCCAGCUAGAGGGCGCGCCGGCCCCCGGGCCCGCUGCCAGCCCCCAGACUCUGGACCACAGCGGGGCGGCGGCGACAGGGGGCGCCUCGGAGUUGAAGACUCCGGCCUCCUCGGCUGCACCUCCGAUCAGCUCCGGGCCUGGGGCGCUGGUAUCUGUGCCCCCCUCCCACCCGGCGCAUGGCCUGGCACCCCACGAGUCCCAGCUGCACCUGAAAGGGGACCCUCACUACUCCUUCAACCACCCUUUCUCUAUCAACAACCUCAUGUCCUCCUCGGAGCAGCAGCACAAGCUGGACUUCAAGUCAUACGAGCAGGCAGUACAGUACUCGCCCUAUGGCACCGCAUUGCCCGCCAGCCUACCCCUCGGCAGCGCCUCGGUGGCCACGAGGAGCCCCAUUGAGCCCUCAGCCCUGGAGCCAGCCUACUACCAAGGUGUGUAUUCCAGACCCGUUCUAAACACUUCUUAG